AUGAAUUGGACAUACGUUAAAAGAGAAACUUACGAAGUCAAGUAUGGAGUGCGUUUGGAUGCUCAGCCUAACAUUACAGGCCCAUUCGACUGCACCAGACAAGACAGAAGAUUGACUCUCGAGGGAUGGGAGGGAUUUUGUGCUGUCGAAAAAGAAGCAAACGGCGAAAAAACUGGCAUUUGGACUCUUUACUAUGGUCGGGACGAUGGUCGCUUGGUUAAGAAGUUGGGAAGAAUAGAAAAGCAGUGGAAAUUGAGCCAAGUAGGCAUGAGAAGCGAGUACGAAGAGGCAAGCCACUAG